UAUAUGCACACGUCCGUGAUCAGAUGUAGUGCGACAUGUUCGUGCCUUGGCCAUGCUGACAGCAAGGACACAACAUGGAAGAUCGAUCGAGAUGUUCCCUUGAUCACAAACCGACAAUGCUGGCGAUGACAUGUCAUUUCUGGGCCUAGGCAAGACUGAUAUGGGCCGGUACUUGUGACGCACUCUUGAGAAGAGUGACGAUCGACUGCGCGCAAGCACGCAAAUGAUAGUUUUUGCUGCAAAACGGGAUGGUAGGAUGAUUUUUGAUAGAGGCGACUGCAACCGUUGUACAACAGUUGGUGGGGAAUGCAGUGACCUUCCAUCAUCAUGGCAUGACCCCUCCCGUGGUGUUGGACUUUGAGCAGUGUUGUAUUGAUGCUGGUACAGUCUGCCCUCUCUAGGACUUCUAAUCUAGGCAGAUAACUGUCCUCCCAUCAAAUGCCAAGAACAGAGCGAAGAUCUCGCAUGUGGAGGUUUUACAGCUGUUUAAUAAGCUUGUGGUACAGAGUCCAGGUCUCACAGAACCGAUAUCGUUCACCCUCAUGCGUAUUCUAGACCCCAGAAAACUGUGGCAAGAAUAUGUCCAUGUUUCAUGCCUUUCUGAUAGUGAAUGGUUCUGAGAGCUCAUGUUAUGUCAUCAUAGAGCAGCCAUAUCAUCUUUACAUACUUGGGUGAACAGCCAUAUUUCGCCAGCAUAGCCCAGAGGGUCUUUCUUUUGACAGUGUCGAAAACCUUCGUCAGAUCGCAGAAGAGAUCGACGUGACAAGAGGAGACAAAGUUGUCAGCGCUAAUGCUCCAAGAACAUUAAAAGAGAACCUCCAGUGGCGCAAUAUCAAGCCUAAAGAACCGAAAACCGCAACCAGGGAAGAAGCCAGUGGCGUACCAUGGAGACCCCAUAAACUUUGGGGCCAACCGGCGACAGAGAAUUCUUGAUGCACAGGAACGAUGUCACAGAGUCAACAGUGAUCACGACAACAGAGAUCCAGUGUCCCAUCUAUGCCCGUUUCUGCGCUUUCACAUUCAGACCACAGAGUCAGUUGAGAGGCCACAAACAAAAAUGAAUCACAUAAAUCCUCGUCUUCUUUAGCCAAGAAUGACAACCCCUCAACAUUAUUAUUUGUCACAUCUACCUUCAAGUGACAGCAGACUUAAGUAAAUAAAUCUGUCCAUAUUUGACAUGUUUAGGCAUUUCUGCAGUUGCUAGGUUCUCCAUAACUUUCAUCAGAUAUAAACACAUGAAUCCGUGUAAAACUUUACAAAUGUUUGAUUCAGCUAGAAAAUGUACUCACUGAGCAGAUGCUCAGCCGAUGACAUAGACGUCAUAGAGCGUACCUUUCCAUGGCGCUAUCCGUUGCCAUACCUGUCACGCUAGUACUGAAUCAAACUCUUUAGCACUGAUAUAUACCACCCCAGCCCUUGCUGAUGAGAUUUCAUACUAUGUAUAAUAGAUACUAUUGCUUGCCAGUCACUUUAACAGCGCAAGUUGGCAGCAGAAGGCAGCACCCAGAUGAAAGUCGGGUCUUUUGUAAGGCUAUGCAUAUAUUUGUGAACACGGUGAUCUCCCGCAGUGAAGGACCUAUGACUGACAGACACCUCGUGACGAUAGGGAAGAGAUGAGUUUGAAACAAGGCAUCAUUUGCCUAUGUCAAUUUACUGUUUAUUUAUUUUUCACGCGAGCUAUUUAUCUUCAUAGUUGUUUCUUCUUCUGUCCUGCUGCCCACGUCUCCUACUUGUUAAGCGCUGAGAGCAUGCUCCUGUGAGCGUGAUUAUGCGCUAGAUUAAUCAUACGUGUAUUUUUUUUUUACAUGUAUUUUUUAUAUAAAUAUAUCGGUACACUGGUAUCAGAAACCAACUCGGAGGGCAAAAGCCAAGCUGAGGGACAGGACCGUGCUGGAUGUCUCGUCAAGCUGGCUGUAUGAACUCCAUCACACAGCGCAUGGGAUGUCGUCUCGUAUCCGCGAACGUGUGUUGGCGAUCGUUGGGAGCUUUGUCAAAAGCCUGCGUCUGCUGCGUGAGGGUGCCAGAAGCAGGCGAGUUGGCGAACGUCAGCUCUUGCAGGCGCGGUCUGCUGCAGUAGUGUCUGUGUCCCUACAAUCUGCCCAUCGGCACAUCCCAUACUAGGCGACACGAGACCCGUGAGAAACGUUUGUUGAAACAGUCAGGACUGUAUAAAGAAUGUUUAAAUUCGCAGCUGGUUAGGAGUGGUGAGACUUUCGCAGUUUGGUGACGACGUAGAGGCGAACAUUGUAAUAGUAACAGCACCAACAAAAAAAAGACUAUGUCAGGAAACAAUAACCAGUUUAAUGCUUGUUCCUUCAACUGUGCCGUCUUAACAAAUGCCUCUUUGAGUGGGACCAGCACCACGAACCUGUAUCAGAGUCUUAUCAGCCUGACUGGAUGCUUGCUAAGGGUGACUUGCUCGGCAGGCGAUGGAUCUGCUGCGAAGAAUUAAGAGGAAGCGUCUUGCAGUGAUGCUACUGAGAGCGGAUUCAGCGAGACGUGUAACUAGCGUGUUGAAUACUGGGAGAUUUUCUGAAGCUUGGUGUGAUGACAUGCAGUCUACCGUAUUCACAAGCAGCUCUUUCUGAGGUCAUGACUUCACCAGGCCUGCCAUCCACUGCCUCCUUCCCACCCAUCGUUGAGAAGGUUGAGGAGGAGGAGCGGGCAGCUCAAGAAACUGCCCGUUGUCCACCAUCUCCUCUGGCUCACUACUACACCAGUCUCACUCUGUGUGAUCGCUACGCUUGGCCAGCUUUCUUGGGGGACUGGGCUUUUGUCGAUGGCUCUGGCCAGCCAAGGAGAGUGUCUACAGGUUGCCUGGACGACGGUCGUGACGAGGAGGCUGACGGGUCAACAGGGGGCUUUCAGCGGAAGAGUGACGACAAGCUGUACGCUAAAGACGAUCUGGCAGUAGGAGUGACGUCCUAUUUAAACCAGCCGCUGUGUCGUGACGCUCUAGGUGUAGGAAUGGGGCUGAGGCACGACGGGACACGCGGAAGGCGCGUGUCAGUAUGUCGUGACAUCGAAUUUCACUUUUCGGUGCAGCCAGCUGUCGACUCGCCAACCAACUGCCACAUCGCGCGCUGCGAACGUCCGCGUGACCUCCCUUUGUCUCUAGCUCUAGAGAGCGCCACCAAUUCCUUGAUGACGUCACACAGCUCCGUGGCUGUGGACUGGGAGGUCGUUCGGAGGCGCAAUUCCUACGUGCACGUCAGUGGGCAGGACUGGAUCUUCUUCAUUUGCCUCCUCGUCUUCCUCUUCUCUCAGUUUGGAUAUUGCAGUCCAUAACUUUUUGCUUGUUCUGCUGGCACUGCAAGCCAUGUACUUUCUCUUACUAAGCGUAGUUUAACCUGAAGGAUCUCAAGACCUCAGCGUAGAACUGUACCAAGAAAGGCAUGCUUUAAUUUUAGAAAAGUGUACUGACAUGGUCAUGUCAUUGCGACAAAUAUAGGUGUUACAAACCCAAGACAGCUAGGACACGGAUUGAAAAUGAUAAGAUGCAGAUGCUAUGACGAGUGGUACGUGCUGAGCAAAACUGAGUGGCGUGACAAAUUGUAAGGUGUCAGUCAAAACUGCAUGUAGCAAGUGGCAUGACAGACUAUGUCGUGUCACUCAAAGCUAGGAGGCCAGACUGGAAAGGCAUGAUAUAGACUCUUUAUUCAUGCCAAUUAAAACUGAAGUGGCUCGACACAUAUAGUGUUUCGCCAGUUGUUUCCAUUGUGUAGUGUCGUCUGAAACCGUCAAAACUACCCGUGGAUCACAGCAGCACUUCCGCUGCCCCUUUAGUAGCGAUGUGUUGAAUACAUUAAGCCGACAAGAUGGGAGUACAGCUAAAGUCGGGAGUGCUGUCAUGCUGCAGUCAAGAACUAUAUACCUGGUAGUGCCGUCAUAAACGUUCUUUGAUGUCACAUACUUCAAUUGGUACAAAAGAAUAAGAGGACUUACAAGAGAACCAAGAACACGCUGUGGUCAAAUUUAUUCUCGAUUAUUCCACGUUACCUUCAUUAUAAUGUUAUAAUACUGCAUACGCGGCUAUUGCCCAGACAAAAUUCGUGUUCACUUUCCUGCUUGUGUGUGUGUGUGCGCGCGCGCGCGCAAAAACAAAAAAGAGAGAGCGAGCUUAUUCGUUUGCAGUGAGAGAGGACGAGGUUGCUGUGCCAAGACGACGAUAAUGAGUGCGAGGAGUGUGCCGAUGACUAUAAUACAAACACCACAACUUACAAGUAAUUUCAUAAGUUAAACCCUCCGCCACGGCUUGAAAACGCUAGGUGUAGGUGUAGGUG